GGAAAUUUAAUGGCUGACAGCAACUACCGGCUACUUUUCUCUUUCUCCGCCACGUGAAUUCAUCUCGAGAAAGCUGCUCGGAGAUUUUGCCUUAUCUUGAGUGAUUUACUCACUCCAGGGCUUGGUUAAAGUGGAUCUUUAGAAAUAACCAUGUCUGUCGUUGGGUUUGACGUCGGAAAUGAGAUCUGCUACGUCGCCGUUGCUCGCGGCGGAGGCAUCGAGACGAUUGUUAACGAGUACAGUGACAGGAAAACGCCGUGAGUUUCACUUAAGCUUAAGUUCAAGCUUAUAUAUUGCAUAGUUUUAGCCUUAUAUGUUUUCUUUAUUGCCCCUGGCUAAAAUGGCUAUUAAUGCUUUUGUGUUUUUGUCAAAACUCAGAGCAAGCAAUUUCAAAAUACGAAGCAAUUAGCCUCUGCUUUGGGUAUAAAACUGCUACAAAUCAAUUUAACCUAAGCUUAUAAAACAAUCUGCACAGGGCUUUUCCAAUUAAUCUGUCUCAAUUUGUAAUGUCUCUCACGGUAGGACCGUUGUGUCGUUUGGAGAUAGAACCAGGAGUAUGGGAGUCGAUGCCAAAAAUCAGGUAAUCGGUUUUUGUUGUGGCUGUUCUCGUGCAUUUCUCCGUGAGUUAUUACAACAUUACAAGUAGUGAUGUACAUCAUGCAUAUGUGCACGCAAACCAAAUAUUAUAAGCUCAAAGUAAAUCUUUUUUUUUUUUUUCACUUUUAGAUGACUUUUAACUUAAAAAAUACUGUGGGCCAAUUCAAGCGACUUAUUGGAAGAAAAUUUAGCGAUCCAGUGGUUGCGGAAGAGAAGAGAAGACAAAAUUGUCAGUUGGUUGAAAGGCCUGGGGAUAGCAUUGGUUUAAAGGUAAGCUUAACUACGAAGAAGCUGAGUUACUCUAAACUUUAUUUAUGUGUGGUUAAAUCUGAAUUGGCAGUAUGGUACUCCAUAACGUUGUGGACGCAGAGGGUAACAAGUGUCUAUACUUUUGGUUUGAGUAAGGAGUGUGAAAUAAGUUUUAAUGCCUAGCUGGAUGAAGUGUCCGUCCAAGAAUUUACUUUAUUCUCUGCAUGGGUUUACUAAAGUGUAUGCCUGAUGAGUGCAAUCAAUAAAGUUGAUAAUCAACAUUAAACACUUGCUAACUAUCGAUAAAGUAGAUCAACAAUAAACUGAAAAUUGAUAGGGGAAAUACGUGUACAGCGUGCAAAGAAAGUGGUGUCUGAUAGCCCAGGGCUAGAGGGUUUUGCUGUUGGGCUUGUGAAUGCUGUUUUUAACUUGCCCGACAGGCAAGGGAUGUUUUUUGAGAAAUUCGAAUAACAGAAGAACUGUGAAAUCAAUUCUGCUAGUCAAAAAGAUUUUGGGGCUAGUUGAAAUAACGUCUUGGCUAGUAAAUGCUAGCUUCAGCUUGCCCAAAUGGCAAGCUGUGAAAACGAUUUUCUUUGCAUCCUGAUGUAGUUGUACUAAAAUUUCAAAUGUGUAUAAGGCUAGGUAUUUAGCUGAGUUAGGCGUAGUCAACAAGUCCUUCAAGAUUGGAAGCUGAAACACUACUAUUAGCAUUUGCAUAAUAAAGAAGAACUGCUUGGAGCUUGGAGCCAGGGGGAGAACCAACAACAAGUUUAACCUAAAAAUUAGUAACGAUAAGAUAGAAUGGAAAAUACGAUCAUAUGUUGCAUUAAUUGGUCACUACAAAUUGAAUUCUUGGCAUCCAAAUGUUCAUUGGCUUUUGCUCACCAAAAUGAUACCUAGCUGCUAUGUAUGUACAUACAUACAUCUGUAUUUUAUUGUCUUGUCACCACAGGGCUUUUCAGAGUCAAUGUUGCAAUAAUAAUUUAGAAGACACACACAUCAUAGAGAAGGCUAAAGACAUGUACAUGUAUACUUAACACAGUGAAAUACAUUUUUGGACUCGUAUCAGCAUUUUUUUAAAGUGAUGUUCAUUGUUUUUGUUAUCUGUAGACCUCUUUACAUAUGCAUUACCUCUCUGCCUUGCCUGUGAGCAUGCCCCCCAGGGUGCUCUGACUGUGGGGUGCAAAUGGAGGGAGAGCCAAGGCUCCCCGGAUAUCUUGCUCCCAGGGUAAUGUUACUUGUAGCAUUACAAGUCAAAUAUAAGUAGGCCCACAUUCCUGUAGGUUGGUAAGAAAUAUGGGCCAUUGUGGAUCAACUUUGCUUCUGUUUUGUAGGUCCGUUAUUUGGAAAAUGAAGAAGUAUUCUCUCCAGAACAGGUUAUGGCCAUGAUCCUGACAAAACUUAAAGUGAUAUCUGAAACUGAACUGUCCACAAAAGUUACAGACUGUGUAGUAUCUGUAAGUACUAAUACUAUUGUUCUUUUAGUCAAGUGAUAUCAAAAGUUGGAAGUCAACAGGGCAUUCAAGCUUUUAAAAUGUGACAUCUGAGGUCUUUUUAUGGCAAGAAGCUGUAAAGAAAAAGACAUGAUUAUACAUAAAGUUUUGUUAUUGUAGUUUGUAAAUUGAUGAGUGUAGUAUUGUUUAUGGGUUGUUUAGCAUAAGAUCAUAGUUUGCCCCAAGUGCUUCUUCUUUAAUGUUGGGGAGCCAAAAAUUCAGCUGAAACUGAUGGUAUUACCCCCCAAUUCCUUCCUCUCUCCAGGUCUGAGGUACAUGUAUCAGUUGUUAUGAAGCAUUGUUUGUUUGUAGGUUCCCUGCUUCUAUACUGACAGACAAAGAAGAGCUAUGUUGGAUGCAGUGUCCAUGGCCGGAAUGAACUGCCUUAGACUUAUGAAUGAUACUACAGCAGGUACAGUUCUUACACCUGUAGACCACUUUAUAUCAGUGUGUAAGGCUGAAGAGACUGGAUCACACCCUAUGCCUACAUGUACAGUACAUGUAUUAUCUGCUGCACUUAUAAAAUAUGCUUAACCCAUUCGCCCCUGAGCCACUUGUAACCGCCCAAGUGAAUCCACGUCCUUUCUACCGCUUGUGACAUCAUCAGUUUUAAUGGUCAAGGAUAGCUUUGUCUGCUAAUUUGUGCAGAGUGACGAGAUCUUUCAAACCAGGGUUGUCAGAAAGUUUUGAAGUAGACGGCUGAGUUGUCAAAGUACCGGCCAGUCCAGGGAUAUUUUAUUUUAAAAACACCAUCCAUAAAGAAAUGCCAAGCAGAGUAGCCGGUCGAUACUAACCAAGUAGGUGCCGAUUUUCGCCGGCAGCCGGCUCCUUUGACAACCCUGUCAAACCAUACCAAAAUGAGCACAAUUCAGUCAAGGACACCGUAGAAAAAGGCCAAAAACCAUGUAACAUUGACCUGAAAAUUUGCAUGAAAAUCUUGUUCCACUACCCAUCUACCUUUUCUUUCAUCUAAUCCAAAGAUCCUAAAAGCUUUCCUAAAAACUUUUCCCACCAAAAUGAAGCCUACUAAAUGCCCAGCAAGAGAAAAAAAAUGAGGCAAGUAAAGCAAAAAAAGAGCAGAGAAGAGAAAGCGAAAAGAAAAAAUCUCGAAAUUCUGCUUUCUGCGCAUGCCCAAACUUCAGAAGCUAAUAUUUUGCAUCUGGAUCAGCAGGCUGCGAACUGUACAACCUGUAAACGGCUUUGUGGUAGGUUUUAGCUCUUUAUAGCACGACAGUGACCAGAAAACCACUCGACAAGCUUCAAAACGUGUUUUUUGGCAAAAUCUCCAGGGGCAACAUGCAACAAAAAAGGUGACAUGCUUGGCUGUUUUUAUUUUUUUUUAAGUUGCCUUGGCUUAUGGUAUUUACAAACAAGACCUUCCAACUGAAAAACCAAGGAAUGUGGUGUUUGUUGAUAUGGGUCAUUCUUCAUUACAAGUUUCGGCCUGUGCAUUCUUAAAGGGAACUCUCAAGGUAUGUACAUUGUACAUUGUCAUGUACUUGUAUGAUGUAAUUUGAGACUGCUGAGAGAAAACAAACCUGAUUUCAACAGUUUUUAGUGAAUUAUAAUUUUGUAAUAACAUGUGAAGUGUCCUUAAAGGGACUGGUUCACGAUAAUGCGCAUGUGUGAGUUCUGACAGUAGCUGAUUGUUUUUCAACCAAUCGGAAGCGAGUUAGAUGCACGCAAGUAAAUUUACAAAAUUCAACUUAAUUGUUCGCGACGCGAGAGUAUUUCCAGGCAUUUGGUUUGAUUUUAUUUAUUCCCAUAAUUCAAGUUUAUUCUUUGCUACUCCUCAGAUAUAUGUUGCAGCCGAUAAGAAUAAGAUUUACAGCACUGUCCUGCUUUGAAACAAACAUUUACCAACGUGUAUUUUUACGGGGUUGUACCCACGCUGACAAAACAGUCACCGAUGGACAAACAAAAUUUGUAAACAAACAUCUUAUUACUGUUCUCUCAGUUCGCCUUCUAUAAACCCAGAAACACCUACAAAUAGCACCUGACCGGUGACAAAAACACACAACGUAUGAGUAUAAAGAUUAUCCUUAAUUGAGCAUAAAUUUCAAUUGCUUAUCAGCAAAUGAACAACUUCAUUCGCGUUGCAUUGGGUCAGUGUUCCGCAAAACAAAUGUUAUCGAGUAGCACACAUAAAGAAACUAGAUUAUAAACAGAAUAUUCAGGCAAUAAUUUAUUUUAAAAACAUCAAUUCUUAAACAUGUACGAUUGUAAAGCAAAGAUACAAGGAACAUUUCAAGUGUACCAGAUCGCUGAACAUCGCGCGGCCUGUUGUGGUAUAACUACAGGUCGGAGUCAAAAAUCAAGUCAAAGUUGAACGAACUCAUGCCUUUAACCACUUUCCAAGUGUCGUGUAUUCUUUUCGUAUGCCACACACUACUCCUAGAACCAUACUAGAUCGAUAGGCUAAGCUUCUCUAUCUCCAGAGACUCUUGAGAACGUCCUGUUGCCGGACGGCCACGAUGCUCUUCUGAACCUCCAUGAUCAAAACAUUAUUUUUUGCAUCGUCUUAAAACGUAACCAGUCAAACAACACAACCACACGUUAAUCACCACUACCGAAGUAUAACUGGACCAGCCAAAGCGACGGAUGUCCGAAUAAAACAAAGGAUUUUCAAUGAUUGUACCAGUAAUGGCGACUUCGAAUUUAGUGUUGACCCGACAAAUUUAUUCUGAAGAGACAAACGGCGCGCAUGUGCAUUAUCAUGAACCAGUCCCUUUAAUAAUGAACAUCACUUGCCAAAAUUGGUAAACAGAUCAAUAUUCUUUAUUCUAAGCUAUUUUGUUGAGUAAGUUUAUCCUUUCCAAUACUCACAGCUUAUUAUAACUCCAUGUAGGUUCUUGCCACUGUAGCCGAUCCAAACUUAGGAGGCAGGAAUUUUGAUGAAGUGUUGAGAGAUCAUUUUAUGGAAGAAUUUAAAGUAGGUUACUCCUUUUGCUCAAUGUCUUUUAUCAACUUUACAGCUAGUGUUUGAUGCACACAUUUACAUGAAACAUAAGUUGUUCAUAUGCUUCUUUGGAUAGAGUUUCUUUAUUACACUAAGAAAAUCUGUUUAGGUCGUCAACACAGUUAUCUUCACCAUGUGUGGCUGAUUAGCAAGAUCCUAUUGCAUGUCAUGCUUUUCACUUAACAACCUUACGUUACUUUUUCCGUGAUUAGAAAAAGUACAAGUUGGAUGUUUCAACAAAUGCGAAAGCUAAUAUUCGCCUCCUCCGAGAAUGUGAGAAGUUAAAAAAGCUGAUGAGUGCCAACUCAGAGGAUAUACCCAUGAAUGUUGAGUGUCUGAUGGAAGAUACGGAUGUUACAGGGAGAUUGAAAAGGUAUAGCCUCAGCUUAAGCACUCUGUGCUUAUAAGGCCACCAUUAUAAAAACCAAAAAAUUAUCCCUAUAGGUUUCCAUGAUAUACAUUAAGUAUGCUAAAUUUUAGGCCUUUAUAAGAGUCUUAUUAUUUUAACCAUGUUAAUGAGAGAGUUAGACUAAGGGUGAAAUUGACUUCAUUAAUAACUUUUCUCGCAAGUUUAAAAUUAAAAUGUGUGAAUGGGGCCUCUGAGUAUACUGCAUGGAAUUGUUAGAUCCUAUACAUUCAAAUUCCCACUCUGCAAACUAAUUUGCAGCAUUCACACACACAACACACAACAAAUAUAAAUCUGGCCCACAUUGUUCAAAAGUUGGAUAAUGUUAUCCAUCGGAUAAAUCUCUAUAAAUCUCUUCUCUGCUGGAUAGUGAUUUAUCUGGGUGGAUAGCGCUUUCCAUCUUUUGAACAAUAAUCACUUUCUCUCAGUCCAACUUUCUCAUUGCCAUGAGACUGGACGUGUUGAACUUAUGUCAUGAAUAAAAAAGACAAAAAUGAUUUCUUGAAAAAUGUUAUUAGAAGCAAUUCACAUAACACUCACUGGAUGAUAGAAGUAAAAUUUGCUGAACACAUGACAAAAUUCAGCACUUUAUUUUUUCUAAAAUUUGGGCGCAUUUUCUAAGUUUUCUUUAAAGUGUAAUUUAAAAUGUAUAUAACGCCUCUAUGAAACAUAUUUCCUUUAAAAAAUGUUAUUCGUCUGACCAAAAUGUAUCUGAAAGUACUUUGCUGCCAUUUUAAAUUCAUUUAAAACUGGACAUGUGCUCUGCUGGCGGUGGAAAAAGUUAGGUCAAAGUCCUCAAAGGCAAAAUUCUUAAUUUAAAACUUUUCAGGAUGUAUUUGAACUUAACCAUUCCAAUUUUUGUUUUUAAAUGGUGCGUUAAUUUUUUAACCUUGUACCAUGAAAGUAUGGUCUUAAAAGCCACUGCAAGGUGAUUGUGUGGCAGCCAUUUUGUUAAAAAUGAAUUCUUUACUAAGGCAUCAAAUCAUUUUCUUAUACUGUCCCCUAAGAACUACCAAAUAUAUGCACAGCACACAGAUUCUGAUUGGCCAAUCGUUCCCUUAGUAGCCUGUGAAUACAGCCGUCUCUCCUUGCUCCUUGCCGCUAGGGAUGUUAUGCAGAAACAAUUUUUGCGUCUCAGCGGCAGAAAUUCCUUACAGAUAAGUUAAAAUCUGUCCGAACUUUGUUGAGGAGCUCUGUUUGGUCAAUGUAGUACAUUUAUUAUUUUAGCUAUUGUAUACAAAUGACAGACAAAAGCCAAGGGCAACAAAGGUCAAAUGUAAAUGCACUGAAUCUGCCACAAAACAGUCAACAUUUGUGGAAUAUAUUCUUCUUUACAAGAAGCAUUUGAGUCUUGCUGGAGCUUGUUUGCAGAAGGACACAAAACGUUACCAUAAUUGACCAUGAGAAACAUAAAAUCCAACAAAUUUACAUUUGAAACCCCAUGACUACCAGAUUAAUUAUGUAAACAUUGAUUUAUGUCACCAGUAUGGAACUUCUGUUACUGAGGCACAGACAUCUCUUUUGCGAGACACAGCUGUAUUUGCAGGUUAUUCCUGAAGCCCUUUGAAAUAAUAAGGAACAAAAAAAAAUUCUCCUGGGAAGGCGACAAAAGUCAUGGCCAGUUCUUCUGAUGUGUGACUGUUUUUGUUUAAGAGCUGAUUUUGAAGAAAUGAUUUCAAGUUCUCUUCAGCGACUGGAAGCAACGCUAAAAUCAUUGCUGGAAAAAUCAGGUUUGUAUGCUAUUGUAUUGUUCAUAUCGCAGAAGUGGCUGUUGUUAUUGGGUUUGACUGAACAUAAUUAUUUUCAUAACAUAUAAAAAUACUUCCUGGUGUUACUCUCAACAGGACUAAAGCUUGCUGAUAUAGAGGCAGUUGAAAUAGUGGGAGGCUCUACACGCAUUCCUGCUGUCAAAAAUAUUAUAAGGAAAGCUUUUGAGAAAGAGGUCAGCACAACUCUGAAUGCAGAUGAGGCUGUGGCUAGAGGUUGUGCCCUGCAAAGUGCAAUGCUCUCACCUACUUUCAGAGUACGGGAAUUUGCUGUCAAUGAUGUGUCACCAUAUCCUAUUGUUCUCAACUGGAAAUCACACAAUGCUGAGGAUGAAGGGUAUGAACUUAAUCAAUUUUAUUUUUAUUUACUGUCUAAAAUUUUAACACCUUGAUACGUAAGUGAUUUUACAGGUGGCCCAAGCUCAAAAUAUGACCAUCAGCACUGUUGCCUAACAUUCAAAAUAUAAAGAUUUGUAUGGGAGAAAAACAAUUGUUUCUGUUGCCUACGAAUGUAAAAGGAUUUAAAUGAAAAUCGGCUAACCUUGCGUAAGUUGUGUGUUUGUUCUUUCCUGUGUGGUUUCCAAGCUGAUUUAUGGCCAUUUGAUGGGUGUUAUUGGAAUCGGUUUGCUCUCUAAGCAAUAGAUUCCCAAGGUUGGGCACUGGAGCAAAGCAAUGGAUCAGAUCUGCUAAAGGAAAACACGGCACUUACACUUAUCUGAUUCUUGUGGGAUGUAAAAGAACCGGCGCCACUGAUUGAAAAGAGUAGGGGCGUAGACCCCGGUGUUGUGGUCAACCUUCUCACAUCACAUCAUUCACAUCAUGUGCUGGGUGGGUACAGUAAGCUCACGAAUGGACUGAGAGUGGCUGCCAGUGGCGCCUUUGUAUGCUGACGUCCAAGCUUACUGUUCACAUGUUAAAAAAUGUAUUGUAAGAGGGCAUGUCUGUUGUCCUAUCAUCCACGACUCUUCAUUCAUUAAUAGGUUUUUGCCCAUACAAAUCCUUAUAUUUCAAAUGUUAUGCAACAAUGCUGAUGCUCGCCAAUGCUCAUAUUUCAAGCUUUGGCUACCCGUGGUGAUUUAUGUUAAGGUGUCGAUACAAAUGUCUGUAAAUUCACCGGUUAUGAAUAAUCCAAAUCCUAUGCCCUCACUGACAUUUGGCUAGUAUUUUCAAAUCAAGUAAGUAUAAAAGGUGUGCAUGAUGACACCAUUUUAGUUUAAAUAUUCCAAACAAUUUACCAAAGGUAUAGUAGUGUUAUGAGUACAUGUACCUUUAGGUUAUGAUUUGAUAUGCCUGUUUUAGUGUAAUAACUGAUGUAGCUCUGUUUGUGAUAGUAACUGCUGUUUUGACAACUUGUGUUGAAGCCGUAAUCAUUGUUAUUUUUAAACGAUCAUUUUGACUUUCACAAUAAUGUGCUGGAUGUCAAAACAAAUGUAACUGUCACCAAUCUUCCUUAUAAGGACUGUUAGCAAACCAUCAACCUGUUUUAAAAAAUGGUUGUAAUUUGUUUACUUAAUAUUACGCCUUUCCUGAGUGUAUAACUGUGAACAAAGGCUUAGGUUAUCAAACUAUAAUGAUCUUCUUUAAUUUUCAACCUUAAACUUGAUCUUACAGUCUCUCUUCCCCUGACUCAUCUUGUUUGCUCACUGACAUGAAAUGCUAGACAUUUCUUAGAACAACUUUCAAUGCUGUUGUUUAAUCUUAUUGUUUAUUGCCUCAGGGAGAUGGAGGUUUUUGCUGUUAACCACCCUUUCCCUUUCUCAAAGAUGCUGACUUUUUAUCGCAAAGAACCAUUCAACUUAGAAGCAAACUAUGAUAAAAAUGUUGAUCUUCCUCUUAAAGAUGGAUUUAUAGGUAAGCCCCUUGAAUAAAUCCUUAAAAAUAAGGCUGGUGUUUCACUAGCAACAGAGACGGUAUUGGUGUCUUAACCAGAAGCAUAGCUUUACAAUCUAGCUAAGACAGUGUUGUGAUUUCAAUUUCUACUCCAUCACUAACCAUCUAGUGAACACUAGGUUAUUGGAGAAGCAGAGGAAGUAAACCAAUUACCAAGCUUGAGAAUGAGCACUGUUAUUGGUUUAUCUUUCCGCAUCUUCUUCCAACUCCAUGGUUCACACAGGCCAUGAAAAGUCCUUGAAAAAGCAUCAUGUUCUUGAAAAGUCCUUGAAAAUUGAAAAAUUGAUGGAUAUCCUUGAAAAGUCCUUGAAUUCUCCACAGAAGUCCUUGAUUAUUUUUGAAAGCUCCUUGAAUAAAAAUAACCUUCGUUAAAAAAAAAGCAUGUUUUGCACAAAGGAAUGAUUGAAAGCAAUGCAGAGCAAUACAUAAAUUUUCCUUGGUGAUCAAGAGAGUGUUUUCUUAUGAUUUCGGUGUUCCUGGCAUAGUUCAUUUUCCGUUAUUUGAAGCACCCUUUUAGCCUUGCCUUAAUGAAGGAAGGUAUUGCAAUAAGUGAACACCCUCCACCUGCGCAUUUUAAAGGUCUUUAGUUCAUGUUGUUGGGGAAAAGAAGUCCUUGAAAAAAUGAAUUUAGUCCUUGAAAAGUCCUUGAUUUUUUUCCCAAAAAAUUCUGUAUGAACCAUGCAACUCUGACGAUCUGGUUUUCACUAGAUUGCAAGUGAUGGUGUCUGAAGCAGAGCCAAAAUAAAAUGGAAACGUUCAGAUUCAUCCAACUCUGCUUAUGGCUCCAGUUUUUUAAGUUCACCAGGUCAUGUGCACUGUAUUGCACUCUAUCAACUCCACAUACAACUGUAGGACUCUGACUGUGUUGCCGGUGACUACCAGAAUUUAGUGCCGGGGAAUCUGGUUGAACUGUCACGCUUGCAUCAAAGUCUGAGGCUUUUUUCUGUCAGGGUGUUUUUCCAUCAAGGAUGUGGUGCCUAGCAAGGAUGGAGAAUCAUCAAAGAUCAAAUUGAAAGUUCGUUUAGACAUCCAUGGUGUUUUGAAUGUUGUUAAUGCAAGUUUGGUGGAGAAAAUUGCAUCCAUUCCUGAACCUGAAACUGAGAAGAUGGAAGUUGAAGGACAGGAGGACAAAUCAAAAGAAACAUCCGGCGAUGAUGCCAGCAAGGUACAAAAUUAGACAAAAGAAAAUACAAGUCAUGCUUUAAUUGCUUCUUUCUUUUCUGAAAAAUGUUUGCCAUGUAUACAUUACUUUGCACAAAACAAACAAAAAUGGAAAAAAUCAAUCUUUCUAUUAACAGCAAUUUACUAAAAGAGAAAAAAGUAAAGAAGAGCGGAAAAAGUUAACAUUAAUUCUGUGCAUUGUAAUGCCAUUAUCAAGACUAUAUACUUGUUAAGUAACAAAUGAUGCAAAUACUUUACACUUUAUUCACACUUUGUUUUAAAGAGUUGUGAUUCAGGAAUAAUUAGCAUACUUUAAUACAAAGGAAAAUUCUAUUAGCAAACAGUCUUUAGCCCAAACAGAGUCAGUUUGCAUGUUUAGGGAUGGUUUUAAAGUACGAAUUACAAGCAUCUCUUUUGAUUAGGUAGUCAAAUUAAUUGGAAAGAAGAUGAAACUGCUAAGAAGGCACUUGGGUGUUGUGGCAAUAAUACUGAAAAAAAAGGGGCAUGUACAUCUAUAAAUUUAUGCCAGAAUUGUAUAUUGUAUUGUGCUGUUAUGGUAUAUUUUAUUUUGCACUCAUACACCACAACAUUUUUUUAUUGUUUUUAUUGUAAAUUUAUGCCAGAAUUGUAUAUUGUAUUGUGCUGUUGUGGUAUAUUUUAUUUUGCACUCAUACACCACAACAUUUUUUUAUUGUUUUUAUUGUAAAUUUAUGCCAGAAUUGUAUAUUGUAUUGUGCUGUUGUGGUAUAUUUUAUUUUGUACUCAUACACCACAACAUUUUUUUAUUGUUUUUAUUGUAAAUUUAUGCCAGAAUUGUAUAUUGUAUUGUGCUGUUGUGGUAUAUUUUAUUUUGUACUCAUACACCACAACAUUUUUUUAUUGUUUUUAUUGUAAAUUUAUGCCAGAAUUGUAUAUUGUAUUGUGCUGUUGUGGUAUAUUUUAUUUUGUACUCAUACACCACAACAUUUUUUUAUUGUUUUUAUUGUAAAUUUAUGCCAGAAUUGUAUAUUGUAUUGUGCUGUUGUGGUAUAUUUUAUUUUGUACUCAUACACCACAACAUUUUUUUAUUGUUUUUAUUGUAAAUUUAUGCCAGAAUAGUAUAUUGUAUUGUGCUGUUGUGGUAUAUUUUAUUUUGUACUCAUACACCACAACAUUUUUUUAUUGUUUUUAUUGUAAAUUUAUGCCAGAAUAGUAUAUUGUAUUGUGCUGUUGUGGUAUAUUUUAUUUUGUACUCAUACACCACAACAUUUUUUUAUUGUUUUUAUUGUAAAUUUAUGCCAGAAUUGUAUAUUGUAUUGUGCUGUUGUGGUAUAUUUUAUUUUGUACUCAUACACCACAACAUUUUUUUAUUGUUUUUAUUGUAAAUUUAUGCCAGAAUAGUAUAUUGUAUUGUGCUGUUGUGGUAUAUUUUAUUUUGUACUCAUACACCACAACAUUUUUUUUUAUUGUUUUUAUUGUAAAUUUAUGCCAGAAUAGUAUAUUGUAUUGUGCUGUUGUGGUAUAUUUUAUUUUGUACUCAUACACCACAACAUUUUUUUAUUGUUUUUUUAUUGUAAAUUUAUGCCAGAAUAGUAUAUUGUAUUGUGCUGUUGUGGUAUAUUUUAUUUUGUACUCAUACACCACAACAUUUUUUUAUUGUUUUUAUUGUAAAUUUAUGCCAGAAUUGUAUAUUGUAUUGUGCUGUUGUGGUAUAUUUUAUUUUGCACUCAUACACCACAACAUUUUUUUAUUGUUUUUAUUGUAAAUUUAUGCCAGAAUUGUAUAUUGUAUUGUGCUGUUGUGGUAUAUUUUAUUUUGUACUCAUACACCACAACAUCUUUUUAUUGUUUUUAUUGUAAAUUUAUGCCAGAAUUGUAUAUUGUAUUGUGCUGUUGUGGUAUAUUUUAUUUUGUACUCAUACACCACAACAUUUUUUUAUUGUUUUUAUUGUAAAUUUAUGCCAGAAUUGUAUAUUGUAUUGUGCUGUUGUGGUAUAUUUUAUUUUGUACUCAUACACCACAACAUUUUUUUAUUGUUUUUAUUGUAAAUUUAUGCCAGAAUUGUAUAUUGUAUUGUGCUGUUGUGGUAUAUUUUAUUUUGUACUCAUACACCACAACAUUUUUUUAUUGUUUUUAUUGUAAAUUUAUGCCAGAAUUGUAUAUUGUAUUGUGCUGUUGUGGUAUAUUUUAUUUUGUACUCAUACACCACAACAUCUUUUUAUUGUUUGCUUAUUGAUUAACUAUUUGUUUUUGUUUUUGGUACAGGAUGACGCAGAAGCCCAAGGAUCUAGUGGGUCACAGGAAAAAGAGAACAGCGAAGAACAAAUGGAGACAUCAACUGAGGUUUGUCUACAACUUAUGAAUUUAAAAUUUCCAAGAACUACUACAAUGCAACAGGAGGGUGGAAUACAAGUGUGAAUUUUAACAAUAAAGACUAUUACUUAAGUGACUCGGUGUUGAGUCUCUGAACCUUGAGCACAAAUGUGUUCUCCCAAAUAAAAUUAGUGACACUAUUUUGGACUUGUUUUAACUUGAGUAACUCUUUAUGUGUCACAAGUGUUUCAUGAAAAUCAGUGUUAGAAUAUUAUUGCUUUUUAAAGUUAAUGAUGCAGUAGUUGUUAGAAAUAACGUGUUGUGCUGCACCUUUUCUUAAUACAUUGUAUCCUUAUUUUUAUGGUAGACUUCGGAAACAACAGAGCAGACAGAUAGUGGUAAGGACAAAGAGGAAAGUGUAGAAAAUGACAAAGAUUCCAAAGUUAAGAAGGAUAAUGGUGCACCACCCAAGAAAAAGAAACAGCAAGUAAAAACAAUUGAUUUGAGAGUGGAGUCAUCAGUUCCUGCACUGAAACAGUCUGAGUUACAAGAAGCUAUUGAGAAAGAGGUUUGUUCUUUAAGGUUGAUUACUGUGCCGUGCACUUAAUUCUAGCCACAUGACAUGCAUCAGUAAGUCACAGGUCAUGCUUACAAAGGCAAAAGCAGUAAUAUUUGUUUGAUUUCAAGGUUUAUGUAGCCCCAGUUGGGUUAGUCUCUAGUUAAUGGGACCAUCAUUUUUUUAUCAUCACACUGAUUUAACAGGAUGUCUUGGAACGGUAAAAAAUAAUGGCUUUGCUUUUGUUAAUGUACAGAUAACAUAAGAAAAUAGAUAUUGCUGAAUAAUUAUUAUUCACCGAAUUGGAGGUGGCUAGUGUAAAAUAGCCAACUGUUUCCCUCCAGCGAGUUUGGAUUCAUAACUGGGCCAUGUAGGCUACAAAGAAAUGUACAAGUUUGCCAGUAACUAUGUUACGCCUAUGAAGUCAGUUUUUAUUACCUUUUAAAGGCGGUGAAUAAAACUAGCAGUAUCAACUGUUAAGUUUCUUUGUAAGAUGAAACGUGUUGGAUGAGUAUGCAGGAAUGAAGAAUUCAUCCCAGAACUGAUGCUCAUCCUCAUGUCCAUAGACUGGUGAAUUAAACAGCCUUCCCAAUGGUAACUGAAAAUGUUAGCAUUACAAGCCUGCAAAAGGGCUGUUGUGUUUGGGAUUGUUAAGCUGCUCACUUCUUCUUAUAAACAAAAAGAGAGCCUGCUUGUAGUCUCAACCAUAGCAUGGAAGUGGAAUCAGUAGAGUCCACUCAAGUGUUUUAAGUUAAGACACUUGCAGCAUACGGUACAAGUAAAGCCAUUUGCGUUCAGGUUUUAUUUGAAUAUUAAUGGCCAGGAAACAAAGAGUAGCCAGUCGCACGAUUGUACACUGGCGUAAUAUAAAAUAUUUCCUGGCUGUUAACUUUUUGACUCGCAUUGUGAAAACACCGUUUUUUCGUAACUCGUCUGUUAUAGAACCAAAUGAUUAUCCAGGAUCGAAAAGAAAGAGAGAAAGGAAUUGCCAAGAAUGCAGUGGAAGCCUAUGUGUACGACAUGAGAGGAAAACUGUUCUCAGAGUAUGAGAAAUUUAUCACUGAGGAGGUAUCAUAUUAGUUUGACUUUCGUUUGUUUAUCUAUGCCAUUGAAUUAGAAAUUCAAGGUAGCAGAUUGGAAGUCAUGCGGCUAAUGGUCUAUAGAUAUGAGUUGUUUCUUGGCGGUGGUAACGUUUUUUAUGUUCUAUGUCGUUUCUUAUUUCUUUACACGUAUUCAUCUUAUUUACUCAUUCCUUUUGUGUCCACUGUUCAGGCAAGAACAAAAUUUGAACAGACUCUUGAAGAAACUGAGAACUGGCUGUAUGAAGAUGGAGAAGACCAGUCCAAAAAGGUUUAUCAAGACAAACUUGAUGAAUUGAAGGUAAAUCUCUUCUCCAGGAAAUACUGAAAAAAUGGGCGGGGAUAGUGGAACAGUUUCUGUGGUCCCAGAGGUAAACUCGUUGAGUAAGGAAGAGAAAGAAUGACAGUUGAUCCUUACCCCUUUGCUAUGGAGUUAGGAGAUCUCAUAGUAAAUCCUGUAAGAAACAAAAAGUAGACAAGCUGUUAGCAGGGUUGUCAUAUCUAAGAAACAAACGCUAGUGCUUGCCCUAUAUUAAUCUCCUUACUUUCAUGGUAUUUAUGAUUGCAAUUUGUGGAUAAAGGCCACAUGUUGGGGCGAAAAUGUCUGAAUUUUCUUCUCAGCCCCACUGAUCUUGCUUCACCCCACCCUGUCACUCUUCCCAUGGAUUCCUUUUGAGUAUAGGGUUUUCUCUACCCUCUUACUACUCCAAAUCUUUACUACUCUUUAAGUGUAAGUCUUGGUGUAUAAUACUGUAAGGUUAAGCUCCCAUUAUUUGUUUAACUUAUUUAGAAAGUUGGAGACCCUGUAGUGACUAGGUACCAGGAGUCCUUCACAAGACCUACAGCUUUUGAGGAAAUGGGAAAGAGCUUGCAACAGAUAAGAAAAGUUCUGGAGCUCUGUGCACAGAAGGUGAGUAUGUGAGUACGAUUAAAAAAUUGCUAGUGAAAUUGAUCAAUACUUUGAAGAAAUUAAGGUUUGAUAACUUUAUUUAUAUAAUGCUAGGUUUAAUGAGCGUCUGAAAAAAUUUAAAGUUCGUAUAGGUAAUAGUAUGAUUAGUAGUGAUAUUUGACAUAAAUACCACGAGUGAUAUUUCAAAAUUGUUGUAAAUUUGAGACAAUUUUGAAAUAUUACGAGUGCUCUUUAUGCCAAAUAUCACGUACAAAUCAUGCUAUCUUUUGUUUAUACUACUACCCACAAAACGUUUGUAAUUUUCACAUGUAGGUAUUUCAAGUUAAGCUGAAAUACCACUGCUCUAAACCAAUCAAAUUGCAGAAAUUUCUAAUGUAGAAGUUUAACAUAUGGAAACGAGACUGGAGUUGAGCUUGUUUUCAUUUCGUCAGUUAUGAAAAUCAUGUAAAUGAUGUUGUUCUUAUACUCACUGGUAUUUUUAGAGCAUGCCGUAAAAUUUCGAAAAUAAGCCCCGGGGCUUAUAUUUUUCAAAGACCCUUUUUGAGGGGCAUAGUAUAUGUUCGGAGGGGCUUAUAUUCGGAGGGAAAUUUGCGUUUCAAAAUCGAUUGGGCUAGCCUUAUAGGUGGAAGGAAAUUUACCGUUUUUGCUUUGUUUUACUUUGUAUUUGAGGGCAAUUUUCCAAGUACAAGUCCCCGGGGGACUUACGUUUGGAGGGGCAAUUUAACGGAGGGUUUUUUGCGUUACCGGUUGGGGGUCUUAUAUUUGGAGGGGCUUAUUUUCGGAAUUUUACGGUAAUUUCCAUAAGAAAACAAAAUGGUUCUGUAUCAAAACAAGGCCAACCCGGCCGCCUCAAAUUCCCUUGGCUUGUGUAUUAAGCCCACAGCUGUAAUAGGUCUAUUGUCCUCUUUUAGUGUGUGUUGUUUUUAUUUACAGUUGGGUUUUAUUUUUGAUGCUUGACUGAUACAGCAAAUCUUAAUAAUAAUACUUUUUGAUAUUUUAGGACGAGAAGUAUGAUCAUAUUGAAGCAGAAGAGAUCAAAAAAGUGGAGAAAGCUGUUGCCGAGAAAGAACAGUGGCUCACUAAAAAAUGGAAUGCACAGAGCAAGCUGGCUGAUCAUCAAGAUCCUGCAGUAUUAACCUCGUUUAUUAAUUCCGAGAAAAAGGUAAUUUGCUACCGCCUCUUUACAUUGCCUUAAGUUAUAAAACGCCGAUAAUUUCUGAUGCUUUUGAAUCAGAGUGUAUGGGGGUCGAAAAUUGUGUCUCGUUAGAAGUACCUGGAAAAUGACAUACUUUCUGAUAAUCCAAACACUUAAGCAUUGUUUUGAACAGACGUGGUACUGUAGCUCGCUCGCACGCCUCACAGCUGCACUUUUAACCCAGUUUACUGACUGCAGGGAGCUUGCUGAAGCAACCACCACGACUAAGGAAGUGGAGACAUCAAUCAGAAACUGAUUUUCUUUUUUGCCGUCGUGCCAAACUUUAUCGCGUUUUGAUUCAAUCUCGUUCAAUUUGCCAAAUGAAGCCUACAAUGUGUGUACAAGUGGACAGUUGUUGUUUUACUCUUAACAGUUCUUGUUGCCUUCUUUUUCAGGGUUGCAUAAGCUCCCUAUUGUGUGCUUAGCGGCGCGAGCCCCUCAAAUCAGCGACGUCAGAAAAAAAAAGACUUUUAAAAUAGCAUUGAUAAUUUCGCGUAAAUUGAAAGUUAGUUAACGACGGUUAAGCGAUGUGUUGUGUUGUUUUUGUAGUUGUUAGAAGAUACCUGCUACACAAUAUUAAACAAACCGAAACCAAAACCAAAGGCGGAACCUCCACCAAAGGAAGAAGAAAAACAGCAAGAAAACAAGGACGACGAGAAAAGCGAAGAGAAGAUGGAUGAAGACAGCGAGCAGGCUACAGACAAGCAAGCUGAACAGGAAAAACAAGCUAGCCCCGGAGAGGAGGGAAAGAAAGUCGACCCCGACAUGGACAUUGAUUGAUUGAUUGAUUAUCGCACAUUAAGUAAUCAGUGGAGAAAAACACUGUAGCCAUUAUAUUAGUGGACUUACACUUGUUUAAAUGAAAUGAUUUAGUUACGCUAGCUUGAGGAGGAGCUAAUAGCAAAUUUUCUUCAGAGUUAAGUAUGUUUUAAGAUCUGAAGCACUAAAGGAAGUUUUAAAAAUUCACAAUGCAAACAUAUAAAAAACUUGAAAAUGUCCUCGAGGUUUGAACUGACAACUUUAUCACGAAAGGCAGCUGUGGGCUUUAGGUUGCAUUUUAAUGAAAAGUUUGGUUUGCUGGGUGGAGAGCAUAAGAGCAGCGCAAUGAGAGAUGAUUUUACUCCAAGAAAGUAGAUUUAGAAUAGGAGUACAAGACUGGACGAGGAAUCUUUAUGAACCUGUCUGUAAACUUAUUAAACUUUGUCAGCCAUUAAAAGAAUGGA